AUGUCCUUAAGUGAAGCUUGUGACGAGCUUCUAGAAACCGGAUUUCUUGACCACGAACACGGAAUUCCAAAACUAUGGCACCAGCUGGCCGAGGAGCUCCAAAAACCCAAAGGCCCCCAUGCGCAAUACUACAAUAUCAACAAGAACCUCCUACUGAACUUGGACCAGAUCGUAUACAAGGAUCGCCUAAAACAGCUAAAGGAACUCCCUAAAGAGGAAAUUGACGCCUUGUACGAGGACAUGGUGCAUCUGGAACCGUUACUGCAGUUCAAAAACCAGCAAGAGAUUCAGAGUUUUCUAGAAAAGCAUACCCAAUCGUUCAAGACCCAAACGCUUAUGACCGAUUACCUCCCUUCUGCAUUGCCAAUUGUGAGAGCUAUUCACCAUGGUAACGCCAGUUUGGCCGACCUGGAGAUUUCGAUAUUGAACAACCUCAAAAGACUAUACUCCCAUUAUAAUGACCAUCCAGCCAAUAUCAAAAGACUAAUAAGGGCCUACAGACAGAAUGGUGUUUUGACAAAGGACGUUGCAGCUACAUCCUCUGAGGUCAGCAGCUACCUUUCGUCGGUUCUCCUUCCCAAACUACAAAGACUAGAGAAGCUCAACGAGGAGCUAACGGUGCUACAGAAUACGUACAAAAACCAGGUUGAGGCGAGAUCCAGUGCUGCUGAAAAAGCACCUCUAGAGACAAAGAAGCUCCGUGCCGACUACCUUCAAUUGUCCAAAAAGCUCACGUCUGUGGCUGUUCUUUGUGACUUUCUUCCGAACCUCAUCUUAUGCCAGGCUUCCAAUUGGCACUCCGAUACGCUGCUUCGGAACAUCAUGGAGGAUUGUCAGGAUGUAGCUGAAGCUAUCGAAGCCUUCACCUCCGUAUUACAUUACAAACACGCCAAAAGUAUGAAGGUUGAUGACAUACUACAGAUUGAUUUCGAACCGCUUGCAAGCGUCUAA